AUGUCACCGUCCGGCCAUCAAGCCAGCGUGCAGGUAGAGUCAUUGCAGGAGCAACUGAACGUCGUCUCUAAGCAGAGGGAUGAAACUGCCCUACAGCUCUCUGUCUCACAGGAACAAGUAAAGCAGUAUGCUCUGUCACUCGCCAACCUGCAGAUGGUACUAGAGCAUUUCCAACAAGAGGAAAAAGCUAUGUAUUCUGCUGAGCUAGAAAAGCAAAAACAGCUUGUAGCUGAAUGGAAGAAAAAGGCAGAAAACCUAGAAGGAAAACUGGUAUCAUUACAGGAACGUUUGGAUGAAGCAAAUGCUGCAUUGGAUUCAGCAUCAAGACUUACAGAACAGUUAGAUCUGAAGGAAGAAGAAAUCGAAGAACUUAAAAAACAAAAUGAGCUCCAAAAGGAAAUGUUGGAUGAUGUGCAAAAGAAAUUGAUGCACUUAGUGAACAGCACGGAAGGAAGAGUGGAUAAAGUCCUGAUGAGAAACCUCUUCAUUGGACAUUUUCACACACCAAAAAGUCAGCGUCAGGAAGUCCUCCGGUUAAUGGGAAGCAUCCUGGGUAUUAAAAGGGAGGAAAUGGAGCAGUUGCUUCAUGAAGAUCAGGGUGGUGUUACCAAGUGGAUGACUGGGUGGCUUGGAGGAGGAUCAAAAAGUGUCCCCAACACACCUCUGCGACCGAACCAGCAGUCUGUGUUUAACAGUUCUUUUUCAGAACUUUUUGUUAAAUUUCUAGAAACAGAAUCUCACCCAUCUGUUCCACCACCAAAGCUUUCUGUUCAUGAUAUGAAACCUCUCGACUCACCAGGAAGGAGAAAACUAGCUACAAAUGAACCAGAAAGUUACACAGAAACAGCGGGCUCUAGAGCUGGUAGAAGAGCAGAUGUGAAUCCGUUCCUUGCUCCCCGCUCCGCAGCUGUGCCCUUGUUAACCCAGCAGGACUUGGACUUGGUGGAUCUGGGCACCUUCUUUUGAAACCCAUCUCAGACGUUUUGCCCUCCUUUACACCUUUGCCAGUGUCACCUGACAACAGCGCUGGAGUUGUGUUGAAAGACCUUUUAAAGCAAUAGAUAAUUCGUAAGCCAGAGACAAUAGAGCACUUUAAAGAAAUCAUGAACACUAUGUGUAUGUACUUUAUCACAAAGUGGCCUUUUGGGAAAAGUCAUAUAUUUGUCUGCCGUUGUACUUUCCUCUAAAUUUAAUAAAAAAUUCUGAAUGCUUUUAG